CUCCUCCUCCUCCUCCUCCUCCUCCUCCUCUCUGACCCUUCCUUCCGCCUCUUCUCUCUCCCUCUCCCUUUCCUCCACUUUGUUUUGGAGGAAAGUUUACCCACUACGCAUUCUCUCCACUCUUUCCUCCCUCUCCUCCUCCCUUCCUCCCAUUUCCUUCUCUCCCUUUUGUCCUUCCUUCCUUCCUUCCUUGCAUCCUUGCUUGUUUUCUCUCCUUUCCUCCAUUACCUUGUUAGUGCAAAUUUAGUCUCUCCUUCCUUCUCUCUCUCUCUCCCUUCUUCCUCCAAUUCCCUUUCUCCCUCCCUUUCUGAUUACAUCCACUUCUCCCUUUCUUCUUUCCUCCCUUCGUCUCUCUUAUUACGUUCAUUCUUCCUUACCUCUUUCCUCCCUUCUUUAUCUCCCUCCCUUUCUCCCUAUAUUCUUUCCUCCGUACCUCCUUUCCCUCCCUCACCCUUCCCUCCCUUCCCUCAACCAUGCCCCAGUCACAAUGAGCAGGGGGAGAGCACAUCGCCCUUCCAGCAUCACCCCUUCCACUAUGCCCCGUCACCCCCACACCCCAGACACGUCACCCCAGGCCACCCCAUGCACCCCCCAGUGGCAAACCCCAAGCCUCACAUGCAUGGCGUAACCCCCGGCGAAGCUGAAGGGCCAUGAACACAAGCACUUCGGCGGCGUCCCCCAGGGCCCACGCCGGCACGCACGCCCUGGAGGACCCACACGCCCACGCCCACGCCCUCGGCCAGGACACACACCCCAGGGUUCGAUAUGCGAGGCCCGACGUGACAGAGACAAGGACGACGUGGACUGAAGCGGAUGUCCCUCUCGGCUACCUGUCCGCCGCCCCCGACCUGGCGCGGCUGGCGGGGGGCGACGCUCCUGGGCCUGGCGAUGACGAUGACGGGGACGAGGAAGGUGAGGAGGAGGCGUGGCCACUGGAUGACCCUCCCCAUGGCUACAGGGACCCCGCGCCCAGCCAGAGGCACGCUUCCAUGUCCGCGGUGGGGUCAUCGGGCGGGCGCAGGUGGCAAGGCGGCGGCGGCGGUGGUGGUUGCGAUAGCGAGGACGGGGCUGGCUCGGCGGGCGGGUCUCGGCGCCUCAGCAGGAGUCUGGAGGACCUUCCCACAGACAUCCAGGAGCACAUUCUUCGCUGCCAGUGCUCCUGUGACCACCUCGGCUACGGCAACUUCGCGAAGAGCUCCGCGCCGCGCCUCACCAACGGCUGCUCUACCUACACCUACAUCGGGCCUUCCCCCCACACGGACCACGACCUGCAGGAGCCUCCCAGUGACCCCGACCACGGCACGCCCCCCAGCAAGACUAAAGACGGCCUCGUGGUGAGCGUCAGCGUGGGCAGCAGCGGCAGCAGCGGCGGCGGGAGUGGCGGCGGCGGGCGGGCGCGGGCGUGGUGGGUGUGCGUGGUGGUGGUGCUGGGCGCGGCGGCGGGCGUGGGGGUAGGCGUGCCCCUCGCCUUGCGCGUUGACCCCGGCGCCGAGCUGCCUCAGAGACUGGAAUCUGCGCGGACGCUACUGAGGGACUCGCCGCUGUUUGACGGGCACAAUGACCUCCCGUGGAACAUCCGUAAGUUCAUGCACAACAAACUGCACAGCUUCAACUUCACGGCGGAGCUGAAGAAACUGCGCCCGUGGUCCAGGUCUUCGUGGUCCCACACCGACCUGCCGAGGCUACGGGAGGGCAUGGUGGGGGCGCAGUUCUGGGUGAGUUACGUGCCGUGCGAGUCCCAGCGCCUGAACGCCGUGCAGCUCACCAUAGAACAGAUCGACCUCAUCAAGCGACUCAUCGAACAGUACCCAGAAGACCUGCGCCUUGCCACCUCCGCCGACGAGGUCGAGGCUGCCUUCCGUGAGGGCCGCAUCGCCUCCCUGAUCGGCGUUGAGGGCGGCCACGCCAUACAGAACUCCCUGGGCGUGCUGCGGGCGUUGCGGGACCUGGGCGUGCGAUACCUCACCCUCACACACACCUGCAGCACGCCAUGGGCGGAGUGUGCACGCGCGCAGGAGAGUGACGAGGAAGACCCAAACUCCCCAAGGGGCCUCACAGCAUUCGGAAAGACGGUGGUGCGGGAGAUGAACCGCCUGGGUCUGCUGGUGGACCUGUCGCACGUGUCGCAGGCCACCAUGAGGGAGGCGCUGCAGGUGUCGCGCGCGCCCGUCAUCUUCAGUCACUCCUCCGUCUACGCCAUCUGCAAGAACCCGAGGAACGUGCCCGACGACAUCCUCAAGCGGGUGGCGAGCAACGGCGGCGUGGUGAUGGUCAGCUUUUACAACUACUUCCUGACGUGCAGCAAAAAAGCCACGAUCAGCGACGUUAUAGAACACAUCAACCACGUACGGAAGGUGGCGGGCGUCGACUACGUGGGCAUCGGCGCGGACUUCGACGGCAUCAACAUGUUACCGGAGCGGCUGGAGGACGUGUCAGGCUAUCCGCAGCUGUUCGCCGAGUUGCUAGCGGACCCCGAGUGGACGGAAGAGGACCUGAAGAAGCUGGCGGGACAGAACCUGCUGAGGGUGAUGCGGACGGCGGAGCAGGUGCGUCGUGACCUCCAGGAGCAGGGGCAGAGGCCGUACGAAGAGCUGCCGCCCACUUCGCGAGACGAUUCCUGCUUCUAUAGAUUCAUCAGGCCCGCGGACGACGGCGAUUAGGCACCCCCCUCACCCCGCUGACACACCCACCCACCCACCCCCUGCUGCUGACGGUGCUGACGGGAGCCUGGCCCUGAUGAUGGAUGGGACUUGUUGUGGCCUGCUGACUGCUGAAGAAGGAAGUUUUUGGUCUUCUGCUAACUGACUGAUGAGGAAGGGAAGUGUUGGUGGCCUGCUGACUUCCCGCUGACUGAUUGCUGAUGGAAGCCUUGCCCUGCUGACGGAAAGGACGCGUGGUGGUUCUUCUGGGCGCUGAGGAAGAGAGGUGUUGGUGGCCUGCUGACUCCCUGCUGAUGGAACCCCUUUGCACUGCUGAGGAAGUUGAGGAAGGGAAGUUUUGAUGGCCUGCUGACUCCCUGCUGACUGAAUCUUUGCACUGCUGAGGAAGUUGAGGAAGGGAAGUUUUAAUGGCCUGCUGACUCCCUGCUGACUGAACCUUUGCACUGCUGAGGAAGUUGAGGAAGGGAAGUUUUAAUGGCCUGCUGA